AUGUUAACAAAUGGAAAAGUGUUAAUUGCUGGUGGAUAUGAUAGUGGAAUCGAUUGGAAUACUGCUGAGUUGUAUGAUCCAUCAACAGGUCUGUGGACAAUUACUGGAAGUAUGAGUUAUUCUCGAUAUUUUCACACAGCAUCAGUGUUAACUGAUGGCAAAAUAUUAGUUGCUGCUGGAUAUGAUGUCACUAGUGGUAUUCUAAAUAGUGCGGAAUUGUAUAAUUCAUCAACAGGUGCGUGGACAAUCACUGCUAGUUUGACUUAUGGUCGACAUGCUCACACAGCAUGUGUGCUAAUAAAUGGAAAAGUAUUAGUUGCAGGUGGGGUUGGAAUUAGCUCUUCGGAGCUGUAUCAACCAUAA